GACACUGAAAAAAAAAUAAAGCUUAAUAACAAAUUAAUUUUCCACUCGCAUUCAAUUACAAUACGAGUUGAGUAUCACUUGAAUUUACAUAUCAUGAUGUGCCAAAUUCAAAACUUAAAAUGUUCUCAAAAACUCAACUUCACGUUGCUUAUGAUUAAGAAAAUAAACGAACAAUGAAUCUAUUCAUGUGGGACAGCUCAUUUUUCACCUGCCAAUUGACUUUGUGUACAUAAAGGUUAAACAUUAAAUAAAAAUUAGAACUUAAUUAUUCUAAUGAAGUAUUGAAUACUUCCAUGUGAGAAAAGAAAACCUUUACCAAUAAUUAAUUAGACAAAUAACUCACACACUUAUUAUCAGCUUUCUAUCUCUUAAUAAAAUGGACAUUUUCAAGCCCUUCGGUUUGUACAAUGUUUGUUCAAUGAGGAUAUUGUCGUGUUUUGUGUACAUAUACUUUGUCAACAUUUCAGAGCGUCUUCAGUUUAAAGGUAAUGGCGAACGUGAAUUAUCGUAUUCUAUUUUUGUGGGCUAUAGUCCCAAUAACUUCUAUUACAGCACACAACUUGACUCAUAAGUCGAAAAGUCUCUCCCUAGGUGAGGUCACAUUAUUUCUGGUCCGGGAACAUCUAAUCCACUUGACAUCAACUGUUGUAUUAGCUGAACACACAACAUUGGAUGAAACGUAUGGAACAAAUGUUGACCUCCUGGAAUACAUUCUGCAUAAUCUUGACGAAAAGAUUGUAGCUCAGCUGUAUAUGCACAAUUACACGGCCCAACCAUGGGAGUAUUAUGUUUUCAUAGUGGAUAGCCUCGAGGCUUUUAGAGAAAUCUACCAUGGCUUUCAACACAACUUAUAUGAGCGACAUUUUCGUUUCCUUAUCAUCCUGACCAAAUACCCAACGGAAUUUAGUUAUAUCUUGGAAGAAAUGUUUAAGCUGUGCUAUCGCUAUGACGUCAUUGAUGUAAACAUCAUAACAGAUCACCCUGAAAUGGGUGUCUCCAUGUUUACUUACUUUCUGUACUCGGAAAAAGUCUGUCGGAGUUGCUUGCCUAAACUUUUAUACAAGUUCAGUGAUGGUCUUGAAAAUUUAGAAAAGGUUUUUCCCGAAAAAAUGAACAACUUUCAAAAAUGUCCAUUUAAAGUAACGAGUCGGAUUCUUUCACCGUUUUUGAGUUUCAAUGGAAAUACAAGUAAUCCCCAGCCUAUUGGGGAUUGGGAUAAUCUUUAUGGUAUUGAGGGAAAUUUAUUGAAGUUACUCGCACAAAAGUUGAACUUUACAAUUGAUUUGCGACCUUUUCCUGUGGAUCGGAGUUAUGUUGAGGGUAAUCGAACUCAUGGAUGCUUUUAUGAGCUAGAGGACAGCAAAGUGGACUUGGCUAUUGGAUGCUUUGGAGGUUCAAUUCCGAGCACUUGGAUUUUCUCACCAACCAGUCCUUAUCACAAUGCUCCGUAUUUGUACGUUGUUCGUGGAAGGAGAUCUCUAAACGCCCUCAGCCGUCUUGCUCAACCUUUUACCAAUGAAGUGUGGCUGGUCAUAGCGGCUUUCCUUAUACUGGCCAUUACCAUAACAUGA